AUGGACACUUCGAGUAUUCCGUAUAAUCUCGAGGAGAGUUCCUCGAAAUCCGAAUCCAGCCGCCGAUUCCACGUGGAAUUGACCCCUCGCCGACAUGAGCUUCAUUCGACGUAUCUUCUUGGAAUUGGAACACUGUUCCUUUAUGUCGGAUAUUCUUGCCAGCAGUUCAUCUCGGAAUCCGUCAUUCAUUCUGUCCAUCAACGGAAUCCGGAUGUCAUCUCACAAUAUGCUGGAUAUUUUGGAGCUGCAUUUCACUUCUCGAUUUUUGCACUUUUCUCCUUAAUUACUCCUUCCCUUCAACAUUUUAUUCCUUCCAAAUGGAUUCUGACAAUCGCUUCUGGUCUUUUUGCCAUUUACUAUUUGGGAUUCAUUCAUUUAAAUACUUAUUACUUCUACAUUUCGCAAGCAUUGAUGGGUGUCGGAUAUUCACUUUACAAUAAUGGCGAAGGGCAAUAUCUGUCGGAGCAUUCGAGUAGAAGAACCAUCGAGUCGAACACGGGAAUUGAGACGGCAGUUGGACAUGCGAGCAUGUUUUUUGGAGGACUUGCACUUAUGGUUCUCUUUAUGUUCGUCCCUACUCAUCAAUCUGGAAACUCGAUUACUUACACUGAUACGAUGAUCUACGCAAUAUACGGAACGAUGUUCAUCCUCAACAUUUUCUCAAUAAUAGUUUUUGCAUUUCUUCCCACCAAACAGUACGAUUCAAUUGCUUCUAAAAGCUCGACAGUUGUUCCGUCGAUUGGAAACCAAAUUAAAUUGUUCUGGAAAGCGAUCAAAGCCAAGAAUCUCAUCCUUCUCGUUCCAUUCUUCUUCUACCAGGGUCUCGCAGUUUCAUUCCUGAUGAGCGUUUAUCCAACAACGCUCUCGUUCACUUCCGCGUUUAAAAAUGAUGUUUUUAUUAUCGCAAUUUUCUCACUUUCGAUGGGAUUGGCAGAAGCUAUCGGUGGAAUAUUCUUGCGACCUAUUGUUAAACGAGCUGGUGAAUAUGGACUCUAUCUGACCGUUGGUGCCAAUUUUUUGAGCUACGUUACUGUAAUCAUACUAUCAUUCUUUUCAAUUCCAAACAUGGCGACAUUUGGACCAACAAAUGAUGAACCCCUUCUCAUCACACCAAGCCGCUUCUUGGUCUUCUUUAUCGGAUUCCUCAUCGGAUUCUCGGACUUCUGCAUCACAAUGGCUCGUGCUGUGAUUUGCCAAGUCGCCGUGCCGGAAUGCCGAAUGCAGCUCUUCUCGUUGUCCAAAUUAUACCAGAGCGGCGCUUCGGUGGUUGUUCUUCUUCUCACUCCUUAUAUGACAGUGUAUGUUUGGUUGGCUAGUCUCUUCGUCACCUUGAUCAUUGGAACAAUUGGAUUCAUUAUCGUGACCUGGCGAACAAGACUGGCUCGUCAGAAGAAUUCCGUGCAACCAUCGCAAGCACAAUUGGCUGAUAAUAAAAUUUAG